GAGAGAGAGAGAGAGAGAGAGGCGCAGAGAGAGAAGAGAGAAAAGAGAGGAGAGAGAGAGAGAAGAGGAAGAUGGGGAAAGGAUCGUCAGAGACGAAGAAGAAGAAAAAGGGACGUCCCUCCCUGCUCGACAUUCAAAAACGCCUCCUCAAGCAGCAGAAGUUGCAGGCCUCGUCCCCCAACCAAAACCCUAAAGAUUCCCACCGCGAUCCUCCCCCAAACCCUAGCCGGCGCUCCGUUCGCCGGAAUCCCGGCCGCGACGGGCCGUACCCUUCGUCGGAUUGGGUCUCCGGCGGCGACGGCGACGACGACGACGACGACGAGCGCGCCGAGAAGAAGCACAGGCUCCUGCUCGGCUUGGAUUCGAAUCUCUCGGCGAAUUCCUCGGCGGGUCUCUGCGGCUCCGAUUCGAAUGCAUCCGCUGAUAAUCACGAGGCGGCUCUCGUCACGCGCAGAAUCGGCUUUGGAUCUGAUUAUCCGGACGAAAAGGUUUCGAAAGUGACAGACACAAGGAGUGGAUCGCUGGUGGAGUCCGGUCCCACGACACCUUUGCCCGACAAAAAGUUGUUGGUGUUCAUCUUGGACAGGCUUCAAAAAAAGGACUCUUAUGGGGUCUUUUCGGAGCCAGUGGAUCCGGAAGAGCUUCCUGAUUACCAUGACAUCAUUAAGAAUCCCAUGGAUUUUGGAACAGUGAAGAAGAAAUUAGACGAGGGAGCCUACACCAACUUGGAACAAUUCGAGAAAGACGUCUUCUUGAUAUGCUCAAAUGCAAUGAAGUAUAAUGCACCAGAUACUGUUUUCUUCAGACAGGCCCGAGCGAUGCAAGAUAUUGCAAAAAAGGAUUUUGAGAAUUUGAGGCAAGAUAGUGAUAGCGAGCCCGAGCAACCAAAAAUUGUGCGGAGAGGAAGACCGCCUGGCAGGGGCCUGAAGAAGUUGCUAGACAAGCCUUCUGUCAACGGUGUAUGUAGAGAGGGCUCGUCUGAUGCAACUCUAGCUAAUGUAGAUAAUUCCUGCUGGCCUAACACCUACAAUUUGAGAGUUCACAAUCCAGGGCCUUCUGAUUCUAUCGGCAAUGCCACCCACAGGACUCCCUAUAUUGAGAGUCAACCAAGCUGGUUCUCUGAUCUGGAGAAUGAAUUCCCAGCAUCUGUUUGGAAAGCUGUUCAGAAAAAUGGGAAGAAACUAUCUCCUUCAGAAGAGAAUAAACGCAACACCUAUAAACAGCAGUCCACUUCUAGACUUGAACAAUCUGGUAGCUUUGAUGGAGAAGUAAAGCAUCUAUCAGCGGUAGGCGUAUAUCUCAAUCAUGGCUACGCGAGAAGCUUAGCCCGAUUUGCUGCAGAUCUUGGUCCUGCUGUCUGGAGGAUAGCUUCAAAGAAGAUUGAAAGCGUUUUGCCAAAUGGUGUUAAAUUUGGUCCUGGAUGGGUAGGGGACGAUGAAACAAUGGAUUAUCGGCAUCUUGGGGGGCUCAAAUCAUGUAUAUCUUCUGGGCAUCCUUGUGAAGAUCUGCCUAUGACAGCUGCCGUCAAAAGCUCCAGCAAUUCAAGUGGGCGUUCUCCUCAGUCUGCAGAAGAUAUGGAAACACUCAGAAGGCUGAACUCGCGAAGCAAGUUCAUCAAUGCUGGUGAUAUGAAACCUUUGGAUGAAACUCCUGUGACCUCUUUUACUGGUGAAAUCAGGAUGGUGACACAACCAACGCCAGCCACGGUUGCCGCUCAUACGUAUGAGGCUCCAGCGACUGUUGAGGGGCAAGGAGUUGUUUCAAGCGACUAUGCUACUGCUCAUCCCCCACCUGGGAAUGUCCUCCAAUCAACUACUGCCGAGUUAUCCGGAAGCACCGGAACAUCGCAGCCCUUCAAUCCCUUCAGAUCACGUGCAGCAUCAGAAGAGCAAUGGUGGAACAGGCAAGGAGUGCCGGUGGAGCGUAAACAGGAUGUUGUCCCAAUUGUUCUUUACCAGAACAAUGGAUUCCAGCUGCAAGGUUCAUUGAAUUCGAACUUGCAGCUUGGUUCUCCCCGGCAACCGGACUUAGCAUUACAACUAUAAGGAUUGGUUGCUCACUCUUCAUCUUGAAUGGUGGCACAUUUGUUAGCUUCUUGGACAAUGCAUCAUAAAAAGAAGGAUUUUUAUUUAUUCAAAUGAAGUUUUUGGUUUUUUUUGGCUCCA